AUCUUUCCGAGGGAGAUGAGUGAAAUCUUGGCUACUUCCACGUCUCGGGGUCUUUUCGCGUGUCGCAUCGCGCCGAGCGCAAAUAUAAGACAGGAGGAAACGAAAAAAAAUUUAGUGAUCGAUAUGAAACGCGGUGGCAAACGUUACGUGCCGUGCGAAUGUAUGUGACGUAACGGCUCUGUACACGAAAAAUGGCCGGCAUCUUGAAAACCGAGGACGAGGUCGGGCAAAAGUGGGACCGUUGUUUCACGGAUGUUAUACUUAAAUUGGGUGGCGGUGUCGCCCUCGGUGGAGUGUUUUCCUUAUUUUUCUUCAAACGAAGAAAGUGGCCUAUGAUAAUCGGUGCUGGCUUUGGAUUAGGUAUGGCAUAUUCCAAUUGUGAAAAAGAUAUAAAUGCAUCGAUAAGGCAACAAAAAUCACCAAGUUGUACACGUGAAGAAAAAAAAUAAUUAUUAGGAACUGUUGUAAAACUUAAAGUCAAAAUUAUUUCUAAAGUAAAAGUCACCAUAAAAGUUGUAAUAAAUUAAAUAUCAUAUUUA